GCUUGCCCUGGAGAGGGAGGAAGCAAAGCUGCAGAAAGAAAAGCCACAGGGAAAUAACCCAACCUGUCUGUUGGAAUCACUGAGAAAGACUGGAGUUGUGGACUUCCCCAUGAAAGCAGUACCAGGUACAGAGGUGCCAGAGCACAAGAAGUGGGUUGUUGGUAAAUUCGGCAGAGUCUUGCCUGUCCUGCACCUGAGGAAUCAGCAAAAAAAUAAAAUUGUGAACUAUGACCCGUCCAAGUAUUGCCAUAACCUGAGGAAGCUGGAGCCAGAGCUGGCACAGGCAGCUCCUGUGUCCGAGCUCACCUGGCACUUGGAAGGGAGAGAUGCCAGUGCCAACAGGAAGCGACCAGCAGAGUUCCCUGGGAUGAAGAAACCCCGGAAAAAACUGAGGCAGCUGGGCAGUGAGGCCCUGAAGGGAGCAGCAGUUCUGUCCUCUGGGGGCCAGGCCCAUCCAAACCAGCCCAGCUCAGCACAGCUCGGUCAAAGAGCAAAACCCAGAGCCAGUGACAAGUCGAAAUUGGCUCCAUCAAGGAGUGUCCAGGGUGAAACACCAGGGAGAGGUUUAUUGUCACAUCAAAGCAAUGUUAAUGGAGUGGCAGCUGAGAGUGGUUCUGACAGUGAGGUUGAUUCUGAAGAGGAGAUCAGAGCAAUGGUGAAGAAAGAGAAAGAAAAACAGCAAGCGAGGAAUGUUGAGAGUGAAAGUGACCCCCUGGAAGUUGUUGGGGAUGAUUUUGGAUUAAAAUACAAUAGUCACUGGUCCUUAUGCAAUCCAGAUGCCAUGAAGAAAGCUAUCAAAGGAAGUUACAAAGAGACCAUGGAACAUGGUAAUGGUUCUGCUUCAGCAGAUACGGAUGAAAUGAUUGCUGAAAGUAAAACUCCAGAUCCAAACAGCAGCAAAACUACAAGUUUAGAAGAUUCUAAACAGGUGGAGGUGAAAAAUAAAGAAAUAUUAACCAAAAAAAAAAGCGGUUUGGUAAAUGACUCCUCACUGAAAACUCGACAUGUCAAAGAAAAACACAUUGAAAGAAAGGGGAGAACUAAAAAAUCCAAAAUUGCUGCCUCACAGAGUUCAGCAGAGACAAGUGAUAGUGAGAGCUCUUACUCAGCGUCUGAGCAAGGGGAGUCUGAAACCAGUUCUGAUUAUGAGUCCAUGAUGCAAAACUGUUACCGCUUAGACCUUUCCUUAGAUGCCUUAAAAGCAUUGGCUGCCAAAAGCACUGGGACACCUGCAGAGGAAUCAGAUGGUGCACAGAGUUCUGGUCUGUCCAGUGCUGAAGAAAAUCCUAAGGGUAAUGUA